UAGGCCAGAUCACGUGGGCGUUGUUAUUGAGCCCCACCCUUCUUUGCAAAACUUUAGCUCAAUGGCUUCUCCUGGACCAGCAGUCAAUACAAAUCAACUGCAAAUUACUGAUCUUGUUGAGGUACUUAAAUUGCUCAGAAGGCAUGGUUACUCAGGAACCAGUUACUAUGAUCUUGGUCUUUAUCUUGGGCUAUCCCCUACCACACUGGAUGCUAUUAGAGAUAAUGAAAGAAAUGUUGACAGUUGUCUACGAGAGUGUCUCAAAGCAUGGUUGCAGAAAGCUGAUAAUGUACAGAAGAAAGGUGGUCCUAGUAUCUAUUCAUUGGUAUCAGUAUUGAGGGAAUUAGGAGAGAAUGGAGUAGCUGAUGGAAUAGAUAUGGAGAAGCAUCCAGCCUGUAGAAUUCUUGCUCAUUACACAUCAAGCCAAAGUCUUGUGAUUGAGCUAGUGCUCUUAUAUCAUUCAGAAAAUCUUAUUAAAGGGAUGAUACUUCCUAAUAAAACGUCAGGAGAUGACCUGUUGAUUCAAAUAAAGAAAUCUGUUUGUAAUGAUCAUCGCAAACUGGAAUGUGAAAGGAUUACCAUUGUCGUUGAUGAAGAUGCUGCAGAUCGGACGAUAAAAGAUAUCAAGAAAUUGUCAAAAAAUAUUUUCAAAAAGUUGUCACCACAUAUUAAGUUGAAUGUCAUUAAAGAUGGCGAUUCAUUCACUAUCACUUGUUCCUUCCCUUUGAUUCUAUCUGAGCAGUUAAUUACAGCUGCUCUUAAUAAUAUUGAUGUAUUGAAAGAAAACAAAGUGAAGAGAUUAACCAUUGGAUACUGCACUGUGUAUGAGGUAAAGGACACCUCCACUGCUACUACAACAGAAAUAGAUGAAUACACCUCAUCAUUACCAACUAGUAGUGGUUUAAUGAAACAAUUGAUGCUGUCAUUGAGUGUACAACUGAUUAAUAGUAAAGAGGAGGUUACUGCUUUAAAUGGGGAAAGUAUGACAAUGAAGAAAGAAGUGGAGUCAUUAAAGGAAACAUUGGACACUAAAAACAGGAUGCUGACUGCCAGUAUAGGAGAGAGUGAGAGGUUUAAAAAAAUAGCAGAAGAAAUUGAAAAGCAAUCAAAAGCCAAAGGAGUUGAAAGCAAGCAAGAAAUAGAAUUAUUGCAAGAGAAAAUAUCAAGAAUGAGUGUACAACAAAUUGAAGAAGCAAAAUCAUUGAAGGAGGCACUUGAAAAGCAAUCAAAAGCCAAAGAAGUUGAAAGCAAGCAAGAAAUAGAAUUAUUGCAAGAGAAAAUAUCAAGAAUGAGUGUACAACAAAUUGAAGAUUCAAAAGAAAUGGUGGCAAUGAAGAAAGAAGCAGAAUUAUUGAAGGAGGCACUGGAUGCUAAAAACAAGAUGCUGAGAGUCAGUAGAGGAGAGAGUGAUCGGUUUAAAAGAAAAGCAGAAGAAAAUGAAAAGCAAUCAAAAGCCAAAGAAGUUGAAAGCAAGCAAGAAAUAGAAUUAUUGCAAGAGAAAAUAUCAAUGAGUGUACAACAAAUUGAAGAAGCAAAAUCAUUGAAGGAGGCACUUGAAAAGCAAUCAAAAGCCAAAGAAGUUGAAAGCAAGCAAGAAAUAGAAUUAUUGCAAAAGAAAAUAUCAAGAAUGAGUGUACAACAAAUUGAAGAAGCAAAAUCAUUGAAGGAGGCACUGGAUGCUAAAAACAAGAUGCUGAGUGCUAGUAUAGCAGAGAGUGAGAGGUUUAAAAGAAUAGCAGCUGAGACAAAGCAGUUAUUACAAGAGAAAGUAUCACGUUCAACAGAAAGUGAAAAAGAAAAUGAAAAGUUAAAAGAAAUAAAAGAAUUAUUAGAAAAGCAGCUUGCUUUAUUUCAAUCUGAAAAAGAAGGUAUAUGCACAUUUUGUGAUUUAUGCUUCAUAUUAACAUAA